UGCCCACACUUGAAGCAGCGGGUGGAGGCUCUGGGCCCUGUCCUCACACACAGGCCUCCACCUGCAGGGGGCUGGGUGGAGCUGCUCUAGCUGCUGCACAGGCUGGCUGGCGGCUAAGGGCUGUGCCGCACUUGGGCAGAAGAGCCGAGGCUGACAUGGAGCAGCAGAAGGGUCUAGCUGCCCUCAUCGUGACUGUUGUUCUUCUUCAAGGUAAGGACCCGCGAGGAGGGUCUGGCAGUGUUCUGAUAGAUGUGAAUGAUACGCGAGACGAUGGCUCAGUACUUCUGACUUGUAAACUGCCAGGCACAAAUAUUCUCUGGUUAAAAGAUGGGAAGGAACUGAAUUCCCUAAAUCCAGACAAAAAUACAUGGAAUCUGGGAAGUAGUACCAAGGAUCCUCGAGGGAUAUAUUCAUGUCAAGGAUCCCAGAAAGCCACAGCAACACUUCAAGUAUAUUUUAGAAUGUGUCAGAACUGCAUCGAGCUAAACGCAGGCACUCUUUCGGGCUUUCUCUUCGCUGAAAUCGUUAGCAUUUUCUUCCUGGCUGUUGGGGUCUACUUCAUUGCUGGACAAGAUGGAGUUCGCCAGUCAAGAGCUUCAGAUAAGCAGACUUUGUUGCCCAAUGACCAGCUCUACCAGCCCCUCAAGGAUCGGGAAGAUGACCAAUACAGCCACCUUCAAGCAAACAACAUGAGGAAGCACUAAGCUUGUGUCAAGUAGAUGGUUUCUUCAGCACCUCUCCUGAAAAAGCUUGUAGGCACCGCCUGCCCUCCAAGCUGCUGCCAAGUCCACCUGCCUUCCCCAAGCAGCUACAGGAAUCAUUGUGUGUGUGCGUGCAUGUGUGUGUAUGAAUAUGUGUGCCAGCCUUAGAGAUACUGAAUAGUAAUCUUAACCUGUAUUGGGGUUUCUGAGUAUCCACACUGUACUUUUUUAGGUUAACUGAUGCUUCAUGAUGAAGCAUUACAGGAGUCGAAGCAGCAUUUCUCCCUUCUGUCUAACCAUGUUGCCAGGUGUGACAACCAAAAAACUGUCCAGACUUGCCAAGUUCCCCUUAGGGAGUAAAGGCAUCUUCACUUAAUAACCACUGAUCUGGGCCCAGCACGAUAGUGUAGUGGCUAAAGUCCUCACUCUGAACGCGCCAGGAUCCCAUAUGGGC